UCAUAAGGACUCUUGUCUGAUUGCAUAAGCUUCCUAGCCAGCCAUCUGCUUGCGUUCGCUCUUUAAACAUUUUGUUCGGGUAAUUUUUUUUUUUUUUUAACGACAUCGAUAUGAAAUAAACAGCGCGUUUCACUGUUGUGCUGUGUGGAGCACCAGUCAGCCACAGAUUAUCAUAAUGUUGGCCCGCAAAGGCCUUAUGCCCGAUGGGUUCCUGUUGACACGACUCGCUGAAGACGCCGCACAACCCAGUCGCAUCCGGCCAAAGUCACAGAGAGCGCGUUUCAUCACCAAGAGCGGGUCGUGUAAUGUUGCCCACAAGAAUAUACGAGAACAGGGCCGGUUUCUCCAAGAUGUGUUCACCACAAUGGUGGACCUGAAAUGGCAGCAUUCCCUCCUCAUCUUCACUUCAGCAUUCCUCUGCUCUUGGAUGCUCUUUGCCAUGGUUUGGUGGCUCUUGGCGUUCGCUCACGGUGAUCUGGAGCCUCGAGAUCCCAACGACCCCGGGCCUGUGCCGUGUGUCACUUCCAUUCACUCCUUCACAUCUGCUUUUCUCUUCUCCAUUGAGGUUCAGGUCACUAUUGGUUUUGGAGGACGAAUGGUGACAGAGGAAUGUCCGCUGGCCAUCAUAGUCCUCAUCAUCCAGAACAUUCUAGGCCUGAUCAUCAACGCCAUCAUGCUGGGCUGUGUGUUCAUGAAGACGGCUCAAGCCAACCGGCGAGCAGAGACCCUCAUCUUCUCGCGAAACGCUGUCAUUGCCCCGCGGAACGGCAGACCGACCCUUAUGUUCCGCGUCGGGGAUCUGAGGAAGAGCAUGAUCAUCUCGGCCACCAUUCAGCUGCAGGUGAUUCGGCGGACAGUGACAGCGGAAGGUGAGGUGAUUCCUGUUUGUCAGCUCGAUAUCCAGGUGGAAAACCCUCUCAGGAGCAACGGCAUAUUCCUCGUCUCUCCGCUUAUAAUCAGUCACACUAUUGACAGAGGAAGUCCACUGUACGAGGUCUCGGCACAGUCGCUGGCUACCGAAGACCUGGAGAUCAUUGUCAUUUUGGAAGGUGUUGUGGAGACCACCGGCAUCACAAUGCAGGCCCGCACGUCCUACACACCGGAGGAGAUCUUGUGGGGUCGGCGUUUCGUCUCCAUUAUGACGGAGGAGGAUGGCCGCUACUCGGUCGACUACUCCAAAUUUGGGAACACUGUUCCCGUCCGGAUGCCGGCCCUCAGUGCUAAGGAGCUGGACCAGACCAGGGGUGUUCAGGACAGCGGACCCCAUGAGGGUAAACCUCAGGGCUGGGGGCUGGUGAGGGCGGGACGGGGCGGGUACAGGAGGGGGGGCGGCAGGGCCUGCGAUGAUGCGGCAGCCAAGCCGUGGUACGUAACGGCGGAGAAAGAGGACGAGAAGAAGGGUCAAAAGAAAACGGUGAAACUUGAGGAGAUAGGCAGAGAGAUUGAAGAAGAGACAAUAGAGGACAUGAGCGAUUAGAGAACAACAACAACUUUUUUUUUUUUUUUUUUAGAUAUGGAAGUAGAAGUGUUCUAGCAGUUACUGGUGACACUAGUUCAGUUAAUAGUCAAACAUAUUAUAAAUAACAAAUAGGUCUGAAAUAGGUUUUAUACUACACAUGUUUUGUAAACUGUCAAAACAUGGACAACUGAGAAUGUCUUGUAGAUUUUGUCCUGUACUGCCAGCAAUAUAAUGAAUUUUAGGAUUGUUUUGACUGAAAAAUGUAAUAGCCAAGGCAUGGAGCCUGGUUAGGGUAGACACCAUACAUAGUUUGAUGAGAAUAAAAAGGGAGGCUGUGGUGGGGCAUAGAACUACAGUAAAUACAGUC